CUGACGCCUGUUGUGGCCGUCGACUGCGAAAUGGUGGGCGUCGGCGCGGACGGCGUGCGCAGCUCGCUCGCCAGGGUGUGCGUGGUGAACAGCGCGGGGAACGUCCUCCUAGACGAGCACGUGGCGCAGAGGGAACGCGUGGUAGACUAUCGCACGCGAUUCAGCGGCAUCCGCCCCUCCGACCUGGUGGGUGCACCCAGCCUGGAGGAGGUACAGCGCAAGGUUGCAGACAUGUUCAAGGGGCGCGUCGUCGUUGGGCACGCCAUCACCAACGACCUCACGGCGCUGCUGCUGAGUCACCCGAGGAAGUCCAUACGGGACACGGCGCGUUUCCCGCCGCUGAUGCGAGCGACGGCCCCCGGCCGGCGGCCGAAGCCGCGCGCGCUCAGGCAAUUGGCGCUGGAGCACCUGGGGCUGACUAUACAGGAGGGAGAGCACUCCCCAGUAGACGACGCGCGCGCAGCGCUGUACCUCUACCAGAAACACCGCAAGGUUGGGAACCCUAAUAAACACCCCGAACCCUAA